GUCUGUUUGCUUUAGAUCUUUUGUUACCAAAAAAGGAGAAUCAAGAUCUGAAUCAAUUGAAGAUUGAAGACCUCCACAGAAAUCAUUUCAUAGCUGGAGAGAGAUCGUUUAGAUGCCCACAAACAGAAAGUACUUCCUCACAAACAACAAACAAAUGUUAUGAGUGUGAAAAAGUUUUCGAACUUAAAAAGAACUUUAAACAGCACAUGCUAACGCACUUCAUAGAUGGCUGUUUUACAUGCCAGCUGUGUGGAAGGAGAUGCAAAAACUGGAGAGCGUUUGAGCAUCACAUGAAAAUUCACACGGAAGAAAAACCUUUCAGCUGCCAACAGUGUCCAAAGACUUUUGCUCAAAAGGAUAAACUCAAACUCCACUUGAAAAUUCACACUGGAGAAAAACCUUUCAGCUGCCAACAGUGUCCAAAGACUUUUGCUCGAAAGGAUAACCUCAACCUCCACAUGAAAGUUCACACUGGAGAGAAACCAUUCACAUGCCAACAGUGUGGAAAGACUUUUGCUCGAAAAGAUAAUCUGAAUAGCCACAUAAGAGUUCACACCGGAGAGAAGCCUUUCACCUGCCAAGAGUGUGGAAAGAGCUUCAUUCAACAAGGAGUCCUUAAAGUCCACAUGAGGAUUCACACUGGAGAAAAGCCUUACACUUGCCAACAGUGCGGGAAGGGUUUUUCUCACUCUUUAAACCUUAAUAUCCACAUGAGAGUUCACACCGGAGAAAAGCCUUUUACAUGUCAACCGUGUGGAAAGAGUUUCAGUCAAAUAGGGGCCCUCAAGUUCCACAUGAGAACUCACACUGGAGAAAAACCCUUCAGCUGCCAGCAGUGUGGAAAGAGUUUCAGAGUAAAAAUGAAGCUUAAAACGCACAUGAAAGUUCACACCGGAGAGAAACUUUUCACCUGCCAAGAGUGUGGAGUGAGUUUCAGAGUUAAAAAGACCUUUUCUUCCCACAUGAGGGUUCAUGCAUCAGAGUGAGAAGAGUUUGACAUGUCAAAUAUGAAAAGACAUUUGCUUAUUCAUUCUUUCAGCAGCUGAGUGUGGUAAGAGGUUUAAAAGUGAUCUUUCAAACAUUACCCGUGCCCUCACUCUGAAGGAAAGCAUGAUACCUGCUAGUGAUGGGUCAUUAUUGAACGAUUCACUCAUUAUGAACAAAUCUUUAAUGUGAACAAUGAGUCAUCUCAGGAAGUGAUUUGUUUGUUCACACAUGCUUUCAGCCGUUCCCAGCAAAUCUGCGAGUUACCAGCAUAGGCGCUCUCAUCUGAUUAUAGACUUCACUCUGUUGGCUUCAAUCCCGAUGGCCCUGUACCUGCUGCUGGUUACAUCAGCAACUGAAUUCCAUCAACACACAUAUAUAAUUGUACACAUACUGGCCACGUAAAAACAUAAAAUAAUUUCAUAUCAAGCUCUUGAAAGUGGUUUUUCUGCUCUCAUGAACACUGUUCAUCUUCUCAAUGGUAAGAUUGCAUUUGCAUGCAUAUUGAAAAACGGACGCGUUGCUCACUGCUGCCAA